AGCAAAAAAAGUCUGACGUAUUAAACAAACAUUGUUCUGAAGUGAAAAUCCUUUUUGGUUUUCUGGUACUUUUCUGUGAUAUAUUGUAAUGAGAAAAAGAGUUUAUAAUAUAAAUAAUAGCAAAUACCUACUAUGGAAGCAGUAACACCCAAUCUUAAUCUAGAUGAAUUUGUAUGGGCUAAAGUACGAGGCCAUCCAUAUUGGCCUGGUAUAGUUUUAUCUCCUGGUCCAAGAGCUGAUCUACCAGAGAAACCAGUUAGCACUACUGAGGAAAACUAUUUUUGGAUUUACUUUUUUGGGUCUCGUGAUUAUGCCUGGGUCCCAGAAAAACAAGUCAAGUCCUUCAGAAAACAUUAUAGCCAAUAUGCCACGCACAAAAGGACAAGGUUGUUCCUAAACGCAGUAAAAGAAGUAGAAACCCAUAUGCAGAUCGUAGAAAGUAAUCCUGAAUACGAAAUAGUAAUAGAGAGUUUCGUCAAGAAAAAACCAAGAUCAAAGUCGCAAAAGAGAACAAGAGACCAUACGGAUCCACUUGAAGAAGACAGACCAACUAAACACAAAGAAAUAUGGUGUGAUACAUUAGAAACUGGAAAUAUUCCAGUAUCACAGCUGAAAAUAGGCGUUAUUGGCAUAGGAAAUAUAGGAAGGGGAAUUGCUGGAAAACUCGUUAAGACUGGUCACACAGUGAAUGUAUGGAAUAGAACAGCUCAAAAGUCAAAUGCAUUGAGAAAGGAUCUGGACCACAAUAUCAAGCUUACAAUUCAUGAUACACCUCGGUCUCUUUUGUUGAACUCUGACACGAUAUUCAUUUGUAUAUCUGAUGAGGACGAACUGAAGAUAUUUUUUCAGAACAAUUUCAAUAUGCAUGAUCCAGAAGAAAAGACGUUGCAAGAUAAGGGUAUGAUAAUAAUGACGAGUAUGGGCCCAGAAACUGCGAAAGACAUUAAAGAUAUGAUCGAGAGGAAAGGCGGUAGGUACUUGGAGACUUUGAUCCAGUGGAGCAGCCUAGACAAUAACCGGUUCAUAUUGCUAGCAGCUGGAGAUGAAGCGUUGUUCCAGUCAAUUCAGUCCUGCACCAAGGCUUUUUCAACUAGUUCUGUUUUUCUGGGGGAUGCUGGGUAUGCGUGCGUUGUUUACCUGGUCUUACAACUGAUCAAGGGCGUUUGUCUAGCCGGACUUAUUGAGGGCUUUCAUCUCGCAGAGCGCUGUGGUGUCACAUCGGUGACGGAUUUUCGGGAAAUCUUUCAAGAUUCACUGCUUUGUAACAAUUAUCUGAAAGCUAAGGUAGGUCAUGUCGUUUUUAUCAUCACAGCUUGACGUGAUUGGAGUGAUAAAAUAAAAAAACAUUUUUAAAAACAAACCCGUAUACGUUGUGAUAGUCAUUAUUUAAAUGGGUGAUAGAGGGUGUUAAAAGGAGCAAAAAGUUUUAUAUAACAUGGGGGCCAAAACGGUAUUUUUUUUAGAGAAAAGCGACUUUAAAGUAAAAUAAAAUCGGACAACGCCGAAAUGCCAGACGCAAAUUACGACGGCACGCAGUGUAAAUGAAGAUGGAGUUAGUUAUUUUUGGCUGUUAGGUAUUAUUUCUUUAUUUGAUAAUGUACUCGUAAAAUGCAAACAAUUAAAAAAACGGACUUACCACUAACUGUCUCGGAGCUUCACCUGGUGUGUGAAAGUUUAUUGAACGUAUUAAAAAAAUCCACUUAUAAAUAGGGA